AUGGACUCCAAAACACCAGUCGUACACAUCCAUGCACUGAUCAUAAGUGUUUUCUGUCUCUUCUUCAGCUCCAGUUGCAGGCAUCUACUAGAGGACCCACGGAUUCAUCUUCCUUUCCGAGCUCGUAGGAGCUUAUUGUUGUCAGCUCCUGCCACGACUUUCGACGUCAAUGACUUUGGAGCUCGGGGGGACGGAAGCCACGACGAUGUUCAGGCGUUUCAGAAGGCAUGGGAAGAGGCGUGUUCAGCUACAGGAGCUGUUCUUGUGGUGCCCGAGAAGAACUACCUCCUAGGCCCAAUCACCUUCUCAGGUCCUUGCCGAGACAACAUCACUUUUCAGAUUAACGGGAUUAUAAAAGCGUCAGGCGAUCGGUCCGCCUUUGAUGGAGACCGGAGACAUUGGAUCAUGUUUGAUGGGGUUCAGAACUUGGUCGUCCAAGGCGGCGGAACCUUUGAUGGCAAUGGGCUCAUCUGGUGGCAAAACUCAUGCAAAAUCAAUAAAGCUCUCCCUUGCAAGGACGCACCGACCGCUCUCACUUUCUACAACUGUGAGAACCUGAUAACACGGAAUUUGAAGAUUCAAAAUGCGCAACAAAUUCAUGUUUCGUUCGACAAGUGUAGCGACGUCCAAGCCGCCGAUCUGCAAGUGAUCGCACCAGGUAGCAGUCCAAACACGGACGGGAUUCAUGUCACCGGUACUCAGAACAUCCAAAUUUCUAGCUCCAUCAUUGGAACAGGUGAUGAUUGCAUCUCAAUUGUGGAUGGAUCGCAAAAUGUUCAGGCUAUGGACAUAACCUGUGGACCAGGUCACGGAAUCAGCAUUGGAAGUUUAGGGUCUGGAAACUCAGAGGCUCAUGUUUCAGGAGUAACAGUGAAUAGAGCCAACUUUUCUGGAACCACCAAUGGAGUCAGGAUCAAGACAUGGCAGGGAGGGUCCGGAAGUGCUAGCAACAUAAAAUUCCAGAACAUAGAGAUGCAUGAUGUGAGCAACCCCAUCAUAAUAGACCAAAACUACUGUGACCAGGAUGAGCCAUGCGAGCAACAGAGAUCGGCUGUUGAAGUGAGGAACGUGAUGUACCAGAACAUAAAGGGGACGAGUGCCUCGGAUGUGGCGAUCGAGUUCAACUGUAGCCAGAGCGUUCCCUGCAAGGGCAUAGUUCUGCAGAAUAUCGACAUGCAAAAGACCGGAGGUGGAUCAGCAACAGCUUCUUGCAACAACAUUGAUCCCGAGUACAUUGGCACCGUUUCGCCCCAUUGCUCUUGA